AUGACAUCAAUGGCUCCGGCUCACUGCCACAUCUACUGGAUCCAAAGCCUUUUACCACGUCCACUAAUACCAGCACUUCCGGUGCGCGCUGCCCUAAACCUCCUGCAUACGUAUCCCUCUAGUUUAACCUUGCUACUAGGCUCAUAUCGGCUUCCUAUGUCUUUUGGGGUACUAAAAGAGAGAGUUGCGGAGUAUAUCAAAGCAUUAGGGCCAAAUUGUGGGAAUGUUAAUGACUUCUUGUUCGACAAGAUUAACUAUGACACAGGUGCAUUCAUUCCGCACCCGAGAAAGCUCUCUGAACAGUGGCUGCAUAUCUGGGGCAGUCCAACCCAAGUAAUGGCUGCAAAGAGUGCUCUCAUGCGGCUACUCAACCGUUGCUCCGAUAAUGGACUACCGAAGAAGAAAAAGGCCUUUUUCGCUAAAGUUUCUAGUUACUCUCAAGUCAAGGAGGCACGCCUGGACCUGAUUGACAAAUCUAGUACUGUCAUUGAACUGCUUCGUCAGAGGCCAAGUCCAGCCUUUGAAUUCUUGGAAACUCUGCUUUUUUUAUGGCCAACGGAUGAAGUACCGUUCGAUUUAUUAGGACCUCAGCUAGAGGCACUCGAUUCUAUUCGCCGUGAGACUGGUUGCUUCAUUUAUGUUUACGACGAGCAGCCGUCCUUUAUCAAAGUGGAUGGCGACGAUCAUGACAGCAUCAUAACAGCCGUGCACAGACUUCGUGCCAAAUGGGCUGAAAUCAUGGCAAAGAUCCAUAUACAAUCUAAGCUUUACCUUGUACAGGCAGCUUCGUCAAAUGUUCGAAGCAAGGAGGUUGCGAUAUCCCGAGUGGCCCAUUCUGUGGGAGGGUUAGGGCAGGUGUAUGCCACACCAGUGCUACAUGAGAUACCCUUGACAUCAAUGGACCCAGACACUGUGCAAGGCCGAGAAGAAGGUGCUCUUACCACUAAUGAGAGCCGCCUCCGGGAGACUGUUCAAGAAUCACUCCAGGGACUUCGAUUUCUCCGUGGACAUGUGCGAAUGCGGGUUAACUUUGGAAUAUUCAUCCUUGAUGACUACAGGGAACCCAAGAACUCAAAAGCUCGAUAUUCAUUCGAUGAGUUUAGAACAAUGUUGCUCAACUCUAGAACUCGAGGACAUCUAGUGCAAGGACUAGAGUAUGCUUGUGGAAAUACCAAUCUUUUGGCCAAAUGUAGUUCUGCAAGUCAUAUCCUGGCUCCCAUAGCUGGGCCUGAUACGGCACCUCUAAAGCAGCCAGAACCUUUCGCCCUCCUGAGGCUGGAAGUUGAAUUUGCGAAAUCCCCUUCUACCAAUAACUUUGAGGUUUACCAGAAGCGUUGGAUUCGACCACAGGGCGACGAUAAUGCUGGAGACAUCCGUCCUCUUCUUCAAGUUGCAGUUAUUGACUUUGAAAGAUCGGACUGGCAAUUAGAAAUCAAAGCCCUUGAAUUCCAGGAGCCUUCUACCAUCGAACAAUCUCUCAGAGAGUUUUCUCAUUCGGUACAUUUUAACCCUGAGAAAAUGCCUGAUCUGAGUGGUCCUGGGAAACAACGUGUGUCUUUCUCAAACCUUGCCCCAAUUGCUCGCAUUGUGGAGAAGUCAGCCCUACGCUACAGACUGAAAGGAACGAACUAUAUUUUUGAACUCGCCCGGUACGACGAAUAUUCUCGUGCGCAAUUAACAGCUUCUCAGCUUCUUUUACAAGGCCCAGGUUUCAAUAAUAUGUCACCAACGCCCGUGACGUCUUGGGGUGCGUCCAUUUUCGACCUCCAGUGGGAUAAUAUGCUCGGCCAACACGCGAAUUUUGGAGCUGGGCAUAAUGCAAAAUGGAGCCCUAGCCUGAACACCUUCUUUCCUUGCUUUGGAGACGCUGACCCGUCUGAUCUUCGAAGCGGAUUUAACUCCUUAAUUCCUCUUAUCGAGCAAGUGUCAACCUUGCUUGGGCAGAAUCGUGAGAAUGGUUCUGAGGACCAAGUUGCAGAACAGCAAAAGGAAGAAACAGAAGACAAGGGUUGCUCUGAUAGCCCCGCCUCCAGCACUCAUUCAUUUACAUGA